AGGUGAAAACGAGUGAAAUAAAAAACAGCAAUUCCAGUUUAAGUUUCAAACUCGCCAACAAACUCGGACCGAUUCAUUCGAUAAAUACCGAAAUCCACAAUACACGGGUUGCCGUUUCUUCGUACCUUUUGAAACACACACCCAUCGAUAUGACAUGCAAAAACUGCCCUCCCUACAAGGCCUCGGAAUUUGGCGUCUUCUUUCCCGAUUGCUUCGAACGCGUCGGCGGCCAUUGCAACAAGAAGAAUCCCGGAAAUGUCCAGAAUCUGCACAUUCUCGCCCACCGGGUGAUGCCCAAGUUCUUCGACGGCGUGGAGCUGGACUACCUGCACCGCCUGGCGCCCAACAAAUACAUAACUGCCGCCUGGGUUCUCAGCCACAUCAGGGCAUCCGGAUUUCGCUUCGGCGGCCUCUACACUUUCCGCGUCCAGGACGACACUAUGUAUACACCAACCAUUAUGGGGGACAUACAUCCUACUUCGCUGGCGGCCAACCUGAACAUCCUGUACUACCCGUUCCAAUCUCUGCGCAUGGAGGCCGUGUUGCAGAAGGCCAGGGAGGCUGCUCCAGUGGACAGUCAGUACACGAUCGAGUGGACGCGGCAAUGCGACACUUGGACGGCCAACUUCUACAAUGUCCGCAAUGAAAAUGGACGCUGCACUCUGUCCGUGAUGAGAUCGGUGACCGCCCACUGGGCUCUGGGCGCAGAACUUCUCCUGGAGUGGAACGAGCCCCAGAAACUAACUCCAGAUUUGGCCCUGGCCGCAAGGUACUCCCAUUAUAAUUAUUCUUUGGCUGCUACCGCCUCGAGGCAGGGUCUGGAUGUUAGCUAUUGGCAGCGGAUCCAUCCUCAAAUUCAGAUGGCCAAUCUCUUGGCCUGGAACCGUAACACCCGAAAGACCAUAGCCACAAUAUGUUAUCAAUGGAGCUUCUGGAAUUCGGCCGUGCAUGGAAUGUUCGAUUCGGAUGCCUCUGUAGGGUUCAUGUGGACCAAAUAUUUAAGGAAUUUGCCGCUGCAAUUGGGUUUCAGUGUAGUGAUGAACCUUCCUACAGAUCGAUUUGCAUUCGGCAUGCGUUUUGUUUUGGAUCCGAGCGGAUUGAGACGCGGCGAAUAAUUGUGUGUUACCAUAUUACUUUUAUUAUAUGUAUUACCAAAUUAUCUAUUGCAAAUCUUAGACCAGGGUUCAUAGAAUUACAAAUUUGCUGUUUGGAAGACUUUUAUUUGGCAUAAGUUUACUUCUCCUAAUUUUUAUUUUUCUUUUGACUUUUAAAUACAUUUGCGGUGAAACUUA